AUGCAGUCAUUGAAUGGGUUGGGAGCGUGGGGUGGUUUCGGAUGUAAUCUUCAGCUUGGACCGUCACAACGACGGAGCGUCGUAAGGAGAUCUACUGGUCAGCUUUGUCGUCCAAAUUCAUAUUCGGCUGUGGUCAAUCAAAUUGGCAAGGAGCACAUAAAAAGCGUACUAGAUCACCCUCUCCCUUUCAUAUGUCGUCGUGCUAUUCGUCGCGAUCGUUUCCACAUUACUCUUAACGGUCAAAUCACUGUUUCCAUUGUACCCAGUACGGGAAGGAUGUACAUCCAAGAGCGUGGAUUUCGUACAAGGCGAGCUGGAAGUGUUGGAGUUGGCGGCGUCAGUUCGAAAUCUGACCGUGACAAAGCCAAGCAAGUCGAGUCAAAAUGGAGCAUUUUUACUGACAUGCUCGGUGUAACAAAGAAGAACAAAGAAGAUACGGUUGAUGGGUGGAAUCAAUACGACACUGAUCUAAAGAAGUUGCCCGAGGCGCAACAGAAAACUUACACUAUGGAUGAAGCAAAGCAAGAGGUUGAAGAAAUUGUGGAUUAUCUCCGUGAUCCUGAGAAGUACUCUCGUCUUGGCGGUCGUCUUCCCAAGGGUGUACUGUUAGUGGGACCUCCUGGAACCGGCAAAACGCUUCUAGCGAGAGCCAUUGCUGGCGAAGCACAGCCAUUCAAUGAAACCUACUUUCUGUUAUCUUUUGCUUUCAGGUACCUUUCUUCCACACGUCGGGAUCAGAAUUUGACGAAGUUAGUCGGUCAAGGGGCUCGUAGAGUGCGUGAUCUGUUUGACAAGGCCAAGUCUAGAGCUCCAUGCAUAAUCUUCAUCGAUGAGAUUGACAGCGUCGGUUCAAAGCGAGUCUCCAACAGUAUACACCCCUAUGCAAAUCAGACGAUUAACCAGUUGUUAAGGUUUGUAACCUGUCAUCCAGUUUUCUUAUUACCGAAAUGGAUGGAUUCAACAGAAACGAAGGGUGUAAUAGUGAUUGCAGCGACAAAUCGCGUGGAUGAUUUAGACAAGGCUCUUCUUCGUCCAGGACGUUUCGACGUACGAGUAACAGUCCCGAAGCCAGAUCUGGCUGGUCGAAUCGACAUUUUUAACUUUUACCUUGGGAAGAUAGUGCACUCUCCGCUUGUCGAUCCUAAGACAUUAGCAAAGGGCUCUACCGGUUUCACUGGUGCUGACAUAGAAAACAUGGUCAAUCAAGCGGCAUUAAAGGCUGCCACUGAAUCAGCUCCAGAGGUCACAAUGGCCCAUCUUGACGAAGCGAGGGAUAGAGUACUCAUGGGCCCAGCUCGUACUGGUGGACGGAUACCAGAUGAGGAGGCAAAUAGAAAUACUGCAUAUCAUGAAGCUGGGCAUACCUUAGUUUCUCUCUACACAAAACAUGCGACUCCUCUACACAAGGUCACUAUCAUACCGCGUGGCCAAUCGCUUGGUCAUACUGCUAUGUUACCCGAAAAAGACGAAUAUCAGAUGACGAAGGGCCAAAUACUCGCCGCUUUAGACGUCAUGAUGGGAGGAAGAGUGGCGGAGGAACUCAUCUUUGGUGAUGAUAUGGUUACGACUGGUGCUGCUGAUGAUUUGAAGAAAGCAUCGCAGUUGGCUGUGCAAAUGGUUGGGCUACGAGAUUUCACUGCUGAGGAUUCGUCUACGUCAGCUUUGAUCAAAAUGAGUGAUUUGAGUCCUCACACAGCAGAGGCUAUCGAUAGAGAAAUCAACCAAGUUUUAGCAGACAGCUAUCAACGAGCAAAGGAGAUCCUUGUUAAGCAUCGGUAUGUCCAGAAGGAACAUCAGCUCUUGGCUGAAGCGCUACUGGAAUACGAAACAUUAUCAGCGGAGGAGGUCAGGCAAGUUAUAUCGGGAAAGAAGAUAAAGCGUCCAACUCCAGCGGAUGUGCGAAAGAGCAAUGAGAAGCUUCUUCCUCAUAAUCCGUUGGUUCGUAUCCAUAUAUUUGAAGAGGGAAGGAAAUGA